AUGGCCUCUUCAAUUCGUGCUGCCGCUAAGGUCGAUUGGUCAAAACUUACAGUCUCUUUAGGGUUAAAGAAAGAGACCGUAGCUGCACUCCAAGCCUUUCGUAAACGUAACGAUGAGGCAAGAAGAGUAGUCUUAGCUUUAAAAGAACAAAAAACUGAUAUCGACUUUGAACAUUAUAGAUCGCUUUUAAAAAAUAAGGGUAUUGUAAAUGAAGCCGAAAAGGCUUUAAGUUCCUUUAAACCUGUCAAAACUGAUCUCAAUGCACAAAUGAAAAUUGUUGAAAUUAUCGAGUCAAAAGCGGUUGAAAAUGCAAAAAAAACGGUGGCAAGAGUUGAUGAUGAAUUGAAAGAUUUGCACAGUACACUGACCAAUAUUGAACAGACAAGGCCAUUUGAGGAUAUAACCGUUGAGGAAAUUGUUAAAGCUAAACCUGAGAUUAAUGAUAUCGUAGAAAAAAUGGUUAAAAGAGGUCAAUGGGGUGUUCCCGGUUAUGAAGAAAAAUUUGGAUAUGGUUCCUAA